AUUUAAUUGAUUUGAUUUCUCUCUCUCGAUCACAUACAUAUAUCGCCCCUCUUCUCUAUCUAGUUUUAAUUAGUUUCAAUGGGUGGUGUUUCGUUUGACGGAGGAAGUCCUCCACCUUCGUACCCCGGCAAACUCACACCCUAUGUUCUCCUAACUGUUUUGGCCGGAGCCGCCGGUGGUUUGAUUUUUGGCUACGAUCUUGGUAUAUCUGGUGGGGUGACUUCUAUGGCGCCUUUCUUGGAAAAGUUCUUCCCCGACGUUUACGAGAGGCAACAAUCGAUCACGUCGACCAACCAGUACUGCAAGUUUAACAGCCCUACACUCCAAUUGUUCACAUCCUCCUUGUACUUGGCUGCCCUCUUCGCCUCCUUAGCCGCGGGGGAGGUCACCAAGAAAUUCGGCCGUCGUAUAUCCAUGAUGAUGGCCGGAUUUAUCUUCUUGUUCGGCGCCGCCCUCAACGCCGGUGCUGUCCAUCUAUCCAUGCUCAUCUUGGGCCGUAUUCUACUUGGCAUCGGCAUUGGCUUUGCUAAUCAGUCGGUGCCUUUGUAUCUUUCCGAGAUGUCUCCGUACAACUACCGUGGAAGGUUCAACAUUUGUUUCCAGUUGAUGAUCACAAUUGGGAUACUAUGCGCCAAUUUGAUCAACUUCGGGACGGCCAAGAUAAGCGGCGGCUGGGGGUGGCGCCUGAGCUUGGGCCUUGCCGGAGUCCCCGCCGUGAUAAUCCUCAUCGCUUCCUUCUUCCUCUCCGACACACCCAACUCCAUGGUCCAAAGAGGGAGGGAGAUUGAAGCCAAAGCCCUUCUGAAGCGCAUACGUGGCGUUGAUGACGUGGACGCCGAAUUCAACGACAUGCUGGCGGCCAAGAACGAAGCAGACCUCGUGGAGAGUCCGUGGAGGAAUCUUUUUGGAACAAAGUGCUACAGACCCCAACUUGCCAUGUCCAUUCUCAUCCCUUUCUUCCAGCAGUUCACCGGAAUCAACGUCAUCAUGUUCUACGCUCCAGUGCUCUUCCAGAGCCUCGGUUUCGGUUCGGACGCCUCACUUAUCUCGUCAGUGAUCACCGGCGUUGUCAACAUGUUUGCCACCGGAGUGUCAAUCUAUGGAUCCGAUCGGUGGGGGAGGAGGAGCCUCUUCCUAGAAGGCGGCGUGCAAAUGUUCAUUUUCCAGUCACUCAUAGCGGGGCUAAUCGGGUGGAGAUUCGGGGUGUCGGGAAACGUGACGGAUAUACCCUUUUGGUUCGCCGCGGUGGUGGUCGUGUGCAUAUGCGUGUACGUAAUGGGGUUCGCUUGGUCGUGGGGCCCGUUGGGCUGGUUGUACCCGAGCGAGAUAUUCCCUCUUGAGGUUCGGUCGGCUGCACAGAGCGUAACGGUGGCCGUCAACAUGGCCUUCACAUUCAUAGUCGGGCAAUGCUUCCUCACAAUGCUCUGCUCAAUGAAGUACGGUCUGUUCAUAUUCUUUGCAUUCUUCGUGGCGGUGAUGACAUUGUUCUGCUAUUUCUUCAUGCCGGAGACAAAGAAUAUUCCGAUCGAGGAGAUGACGCAGGUCUGGAGGAGCCAUUGGUUCUGGAAGAGGUUUAUGAAUGAGCCAAAUGACCCUGUCAAUAAGGCCAUCGCCAUGAGCAAAUUGAGAGACCGAGUUUGAUAUAUCUAGGGAACGUACUCUUGCGUUUUAUUUUUCUAUUAUUGCUAAUUGCUGCUUUUGUAUAUAAAUAUUUAGACGUAGAUAGUUUAAUUAGUUGGA